AUGUCCAUCAUCACUGCCGUGACACUGGACGCCCGCCUGCACACGCCCAUGUACUCCUUCCUCAAACACCUCUCCUUGGUGGAUAUCUGCUCCGUGUCCACCACCCUGCCCUGGGCCCUGGCCCCUGGUGUACAGGGCAGCCAUGAGGCCCCGGACCUGCGUCUCCAUGGCAGCGGCCUGGGGCAGUGGGCUCCUCUUCUCUGCCCUCCCCUAACCAACACCUUCUCCCUGCUCUUCUGCGGCCCCAACGUGAUUGACCACUUCUGUGACAUCCCGCCACUCAUGCACCUAGCCUGUGCCAACACAGGUGUCCACGACACUGCGGGAUUUGCAGCCAGCGGUUGCGUCAUCAUCAGCUGCUUCAGCCUCCCUGUCCUGUCCUAUGUGCGCAUCUUGGCCACGGUGGUUCAGAUCCGCUCAGCAGCCAGCCCCUGGAAGGCCUUCUCCACGUGUUCCUCCCACCUGGCCACCGUCCUCCUGUUUUAUGGCACUGGCAGCUCUGCCUACAUGCAGCCCACCGCGCGAUAUUCCCCACAGCAAGGGCGCCUGGCUGCCGUCUUCUACUGCAUCCUCAUGCCCACCUUAAAUCCGCUUAUCUACAGCCUGAGGAACAAGGACAUGAAGGGAUCCCUGCAGAAGCUGUAUCUUCAGGUGCCACCUUAA